ACAUUUUGUGUCUUAUACUAAAUUAAAGAAAGAAGAGGUAAAGAAUUCUAAGGCUAAAUUGCUAGAAAUAUUCAAACCUGAAUAUUCUUCAAAGACAGUGUGGAGGCAAUAUUAAUUGGAGGAAGAAACACAAGGAAAGCAAAAUUCAGAUGUUUUCUAUGGAAGUACUCCUUUUGGCUGCUUUGAUUUCCACUGCACUGGCUGGGCCAUGGGCUAACAUAUGUGCUGGCAAGUCUUCCAAUGAGAUCCGGACAUGUGACAGCCAUGGCUGUGGACAGUAUUCUGCUCAAAGAGAUCAGAGGUCUCACCAGGGUGUGGAUGUCCUGUGCUCUGAUGGAUCUACCGUGUAUGCACCAUUCACUGGAAUGAUUGUGGGUCAGGAGAAACCUUAUAAAAACAAAAAUGCAAUCAACAACAGUGUUCGGCUAUCUGGAAGAGGUUUCUGUGUCAAAAUUUUCUACAUUAAGCCAAUUAAGUAUAAAGGUUCUAUCAAGAAGGGAGAAAAACUGGGAACUGUACUGCCCUUGCAGAAAGUCUAUCCUGGCAUACAACCGCAUGUACACAUUGAAAACUGUGACCUGAGUGAUCCUACUGCAUACCUAUAA